CGCGCGCGCGGGCGCGCCGGCCUGGCCUGCCCCUCCGAGGAGCCGUAGCGCGGGAGGGAGGCGGCAGCGCAGUGGUCCGUCGGUCCGCCGGUCCGUGGGUCUGCCCGGCCCCGCCCUGCCUCCCGGGGCGGCUCGGCUCCAUGGCCCGCGGCGGCGGCGGCGGGAGGUGGCCCGGGGGCCGCGGAGACCGCUGACCGGGCGGUGGGGCCGGGCCAUGGGGGACGGAGCCGUCCGCAGCUGCCGGAGCCGGUAUCCCUACCCGAGCUGGAGCGGCGCCCCCUGCUGAGCCCCGAGCGCUGGGUGAGAGGAGGAGGGCGCGCGCGGCCCCCAACCCAGGGCCCCGACAUUCCAGACCCAGCCCCACUAGGGAGACACCCGCGCGCCGCCCCAGAUCCCAGCCCAGGACCCGGCUGGCAGCCAGAUGCUUGGGCCCACUGGGCAGGCCAUUGGCCACCUGCGGGAUGAGCAGACUGCUGGGGGGGACGCUGGAGCGGGUCUGCAAGGCUGUGCUCCUUCUCUGCCUGCUACACUUCCUUGUGGCUGUCAUCCUCUACUUUGACGUCUACGCCCAGCACCUGGCCUUUUUCAGCCGCUUCAGUACCCGAAGCCCAGCCCAUGCCCUCUACCCUGCAGCCAGCAGCAGCACCAACUGCUCUCGGCCCAAUGCCACUGCCGCUAGUUCUGGGCUUCCUGAAGUGCCCAGUGCCCGACCUGGCCCCACAGCUCCUGUCAUUCCACCCUGUCCUGAUGUGCCACCUGGUCUUGUGGGCCGAGUGGUCAUCGAGUUCACCUCACCCAUGCCUCUGGAGCGGGUGCAGAGGGAGAACCCAGGAGUGCUCCUGGGAGGCCGCUAUACACCACCUGACUGCAUCCCAGCCCAAACGGUGGCAGUCAUCAUCCCCUUUAGACACCGGGAGCACCACCUACGCUAUUGGCUCCAUUAUCUGCACCCCAUGUUGAGGCGGCAGCGGCUCCGCUACGGUAUCUAUGUCAUCAACCAGCAUGGUGAAGAGACCUUCAACCGGGCCAAGCUGCUCAACGUAGGCUUCCUAGAGGCACUGAAGGAGGAUGCUACCUAUGACUGCUUCAUCUUCAGUGAUGUGGACCUGGUCCCUAUGGACGACCGCAAUCUGUACCGUUGUGGUGACCAACCCCGCCACUUUGCCAUUGCCAUGGACAAAUUUGGCUUCCGGCUGCCCUAUGCUAGCUACUUUGGAGGUGUGUCGGGCCUGAGCAAGGCCCAGUUUCUGAGGAUCAAUGGCUUUCCCAACGAGUACUGGGGCUGGGGCGGUGAGGAUGACGACAUCUUCAACCGGAUCUCCCUGACUGGGAUGAAGAUCUCACGCCCAGAUGUCCGGAUAGGCCGCUACCGCAUGAUCAAGCACGACCGGGACAAACAUAACGAGCCCAACCCUCAGAGGUUUAGUAAGAUUCAGAACACAAAAAUGAGCAUGAAGUGGGACGGCAUUGGAUCAGUGCGGUACCGCGUCUUGGAAGUGUCUCGGCAACCACUCUUCACCAACAUCACAGUGGACAUUGGGCGACCCAUGUCAUGGCUCAAUCAAGGCUGACUCUAAUGGACAAAGGCCCUCCAUGCCCUUCUGAUGUGGAGGGUCGCCUGCCAGAGGACUGACCUACAGCCUGGCUGACAGCAGCUCUGGGAGCGUCCCCAAGACUGAGACUGAGAGCUGUUUUCUGAGGGUCUUAAUAGACAGCCAGCUGGACCUCGAAGUUUCAGAACCCACUUUGAGGGGCUUCUGGACAAGCCCCUCUUCUGGCCCUCUCUGAGGUCAAUCCUUCCUGCCCUACUCGCCCCACCCCAACCUCCUCACUGUUAGGGUUGGGCCGGCCCCUGCACUGCCGCGUGCGCUCGCGGAGUGGCCUGAGCUAGGUCACUCCACCUCUCCGUGCCUCAGCUUCCCACUCCCUUGAGUCCCCUAGGGCCUAGAAAGGCGGGAGGUUUGACUAGGGGGCAGUGUCUCUUCCUGGGGGAAUUCUCAGAUCCAGAGAUCCCUCAUGCUUCCAGGGGAGGGGAAACCUUUUUCAUUCAACAUUGUAGGGGGCAAGCUUUGGUAAGCCACCUACUGAGGAGUGCCCCCAGGAGGGGACCAGAAGGGGUGCUGUGUUUCCUGGGAUCAUGGGUUUGGCCUUUGCAUGGGGGACAGGUGGGGCUUGGAUCAGUCAAUGAUUCUGGCCUCCCUCCCUUGGUGAGGAGGCAGAAGCCCCAGGGCCUGCUCAUGUUUAUAUGUUGCACAGAAACUUGUGUGGGUGCUUUAGUAAAAAACGUUA